AUGUUUGUCAAUUUAUAUAGGUGGAGUUACGGGAUCGUCCUGUAUGAGAUUUUCACUAUCGGUAAGUAAUAAAGCCUCUAGGUUCAUGGAAAAAACAAGGAACUUUAUUCUCUUUAUUUACCUCUUUAGUACGCCUUUUAAAUUGAUAACAGCCAGGAGAAAAUAUUACAAAAAUAUAUGUUCAUAUCAAUAAACAACUGAAAGGGUUCUUAGAGUCUAGUUGAAAGUCGAGUCAACUGAGUUAUUUGGUUCCCUAUAGUGCGCUAAAACGUAUGCAAUAAAAACAACAGAGAAUAUAUCUAAAAUAUGGCGUAAAUCCUUGAAGCCCCCUGUCUUUGAUGAACCCCUCCUCCCCUUUUUUCAGGGGGAGAAAGUGAAUAAAGUGAGUAAGCCACUCACGUUUAAUCCCUCCUCCCCUCCCCCUUAUUAAAGACAAUUUGGAUUCUAACGAGAGUCCUUCAGUGUUUUCUUCAUUCAUGUCCGCAUACUGAUAUUUUUAUAGGAGGAAACCCCUAUGACGGCAUGACUGGAGAAGAGGUGUUCAGUUUUGUGGCAAGUGGUCGCAGAAUGCGCAAAACGUCAACUAUAAGCCCGGAACUGUAAGUCGUCCACUGGUUAAGGAAUCCUUUCGUAAUUACGUCACGACCGCUAUUCAGCUGCAGGCUCGAUCAAAGCAGUGAGGAGUGGGCCACAUGAAAAAAAAGCAGAUAAACGCAUCUGCUGUUUUUUUUUUUCCAAUUGCUAUAUUUCAGCCUAUAUUGGUCAUAUAGCCGACUGAUUUUAAGUGAUAUAUUUGUAUAUUUUUUUAGCGAAAUCGUUUCAAGGUACUACCGAGUAGUCACGUAACCAGCUCACACUUUUUACCGUACUGCAUGCAUCUUAAUGGCAACAACCUUCCUUUAUUAUCUUUAUCUAGUUAUGAGCUUAUGCUUCGGUGCUGGAACAAAGAACCUUCCAAGCGACCUAAGUUCAGCAAUAUUGUGGAUUGGAUGGAGACUUCAUACACCCGUUCAUAGAAGUUAUUUGAAUUGAAGAUGACACGAGACAUCUUCUUUACCGGAUACUAUUAGACUGAUCGCUCUAUCUUGUCUACUUGUUCUGAGGAAAAUGACGGAAUACUCAUAGUCUAGUUUUACAUGUUAAAUACCUAUUGCCACUAAUCCAUAUCAGUUACAAUGACCUAACCCUUAGUUUUUCUUAGGCAAUAUACGAAUUCUGCAUGU